AUGAGCUCGUCGAACGAAUCCACCGGCCUGCGAACGUUCAGUGGUGAUACUGAGGACGCCAAAGAGUAUAAACGUUGGCGGACAUGGGUUACAAACAAGAUCCUCACCCUCGGCGACAAGGUUCCCGACAAUGCCAAAGGUGCUUAUGUUUACACUCUACUUGCUGGAAAAGCUUUGGAAUGUGUUGAGCACCUGGAGCAAUCUGCGUAUCAGAAAGCUGGAGGUGAAAAGAUCAUUUUCGAAUUGCUGGAUCAAAGAUUCCCUCAAAAAGACCAAUCUGAUGAAAUGUCGGAGGCCUUGACCGAGGUGUUCCAGUUGCGUGCCCAUGAAGGAGAAUCACUGAAGGCGUGGGUUUCUCGUGCCACCGAGCUGUUCGAUCGAGUAAAGAGGAAAGUCAAUGUGGCUUUCCCAGAAGAGGCUCGUGGGUGGAUCAUCCUCCACCGAGCCGGACUGACGGAAGAACAAAAAGCUGUCAUCCUCUCUCGAUCGCUCGGAGUGCUCAAGCGCGAGGAGAUCGGCAGAGCUAUGCGUUCCUGUUAUCCGGAGUUGAUCAUCGGCAAGAAACGUGCUUCAGCUGCUAUCGCCAUCGUUGAUGAGGAAGAUGAACCUCCUUCAACCUGGGAUGAAGCGGAUGCUACACUUGCUGAUAUGGAGCAAUUUCUUGCAGAGCAUCAACAGGACGUCCCAGUUGAUCCUGAUGAGAUCUUUGAUGAGCAAGAAGUGGCAGAAGCACUCGCCGUGUCUUGGCGAGAACGUCGAAAGGAAAUGGUGAGCUUGAAGCGUGCCCGUAAAUUCACCCACGCUGGUGAUUCCAAGAGAAGCUUCAAGGUCGAGAUCGAGGAGAUGAAGCGUCGAACUCGCUGCAAUCGCUGUGGACAGGUGGGUCAUUGGGCCCGUGAUUGCAAACAGCCAAAAGGAAGUGGCAAGUCUGUGAAGGGUCCGCCUACCUCCUCCUCUUCUGGCUAUGUUUCAGGUAAAGGAGGCGAAAGUGGUGCUGCCUUUGUGGAAGAUUUCGUGGCCAUGGUCGAGUCUCAAAGUUCUUGGCUUUCGUUGCAACUGUUGCGUGAGCGUCGGGAGGUGCACAAGACAGUCAACACUGCACCUGUCUCCUCCCCUACGUUGAACAUUGAGCAAUUGUUGGUCAGCUCCCCCGGAUAUGGCGUGUUGGACAGUGGUUGUGGUCGUUCCAUUGUGGGCGCCUUGACAUUGAAAGAGUUCGAACCACUGUGGCAAGCCCGUGGCUGGACCAUUCCAGUCCCCUUUGCCCAGACGAAUCACCUCAAGUUCGGCAAUGGCCAGAAGGAGACGACGCAGCUGUCAGUCCGAGUUCCAGUACAACUUGGGGGCCGCCCAGGUACAAUCAAAGCUGCCAUUGUUCAGGGUUCCGCUCCAUUGCUGAUCUCACGAAACGCCCUGAGGACUUUGAAGGCCGUGAUUGAUUUUUCUGCCAGUGAGCUGAUCAUCUUCGACGAGCGCGUCAAGGUCCCCUUGUUGACAAAUCAAGCGGGACAGUUCACAGUCGAUCUUUUGGGUGAGCAAGAUGUUGCUCUGGAACCUUUUGCAGAGGAACUCAGCCUGGCCGUUGAGACGCUACCUGUCCACCAGCUCCGUCAACUGGAGAGUCAGGAAGAAGCAACUCAGCUUCGCGCCUUGUUUCGCAAGGCCAUGCAACAUGGCAUCGAGCCGGUGGAAGCCUUGGGAGGUUUUCCCCAUGUGGAUGAUUUUGAGUUGGUGGGCACCAUGUCGGAUGCCGCAAAGCGCCAAUCCGAUGGUCAAUAUCCAGUUCAUUCGAAAGCCAACCGCAAGCUGCCGAUGCCCAUGCCCUCAACCAGUGAAGAUGUUGACAAGCAGGAUGGUUGCUAUGCCACGAGUGCAACAAAUUUGCCGUAUCCCUCCUCUUCCGAGGUGCCACUGCCAAAUUCGAGUCUCCCUCCUUUUCCUCCAGGAGUGACCAAUACAGAGCAGUGGGGCCGAUCGAUCAUCAACUUCGGCAAAUACAAAGGAAAGAACAUCUCAUACAUCGAGCUCCUUUCCUCCACCAGUGAGGAUAUGCGUAGUUAUGUGAAAUGGUGUUCUUCUCGACAGAGCACUGCAGGUGGUGAAUUGAAAGACCUCACCUCUUUCAUGCGCCGCUACGAGAUGGAAAAUUCUCACAGUGCACUGAUUCGUGGAGAGUUGAUUCCAGGAACGACGGCCCGACGAAGUUUCAAGUGA